UUCUUCUCCCCUGUUUCUGCACUCUGUUAAUGGCGGCGGCAAUUACUUACCAAGAAGAACACGGCCACGCCGGAAACGGCGAAAGUGGCCGGCACCGGCGGGAUAUUCAAGCAGCUUUUGCUAAAGCGGCGGAGCUCCAGGCACUUCACGCCGCCGCCAACCUCAGCCUACCCUCCGCCUCCCCUGUUUCUCGCCGUCUCUCUUCCCAAGAUUACCCUGUUUUCACCCCUAGUUAUGAAGAUGAACCACUCACCGGCUAUCACCAAAUUCUGUCGGAUUAUCGAAAACGCCACUCGAAAACUUGGGGCAACCGCGCUUUCGACAGCGGAAACAUUCAAGAAACAAUCUUGUCGGAUCACGAAACGAAUGCAAAUGAAUCCACACGAAAAGGGUUUUCUCAAUCCGAUCGAAAUUCUCGAAAUCCCGAUAACCUCUCCAAGAACAGCAUUAAAUCCAACGUUAUCGCCCCUUCAACGGAUUCCCACUCCUCGCUUCACUCGCAAUCGAGAAACAAAGGGACGAGCUUAUCUUGGCUAUUUCCGAAGCUAAAAACAAAGACGAAAAACGAGACGUUGAGGAAAGAGCUAAUCGAAGCGAAGGAUAGUAGAGAUUCAGCCUUGAUUGAAGUUGCCGAAACAAAAUCGUCGCUCGGGGAACUUGGACAAAAGCUCGAGUACUUAGAGACUUACUGCGAAGAACUCAAACGGGCCUUAAAACAGACCGUCGAAAUCAAGAAUACUAGCGCAGACAAUCCCAUGCCGGUUAGCGACGAAGUAAUGGUCGAGGGGUUCUUGCAAAUAGUAUCCGAAGCAAGAAUAUCGGUCAACCAACUCUGCAAGACUAUACUCGGUCAAAUCGGAGAUCAAAACGAACACAACUCGUUGAAUUCGCUCCUCAAACCCUACAAGCUCUCCCUACACUCGAAAAACUCGAAACUACUUCUCUGUCAUUUGGAAGCCAUUGUAAACCAAUCGCUCUACCAAGACUUUGAAAACUGCUCGUUCCGCAAAAACGGGUCCCCGAGUUUCCUCGACCCCCACGAAGAACGCAGGUCCCGUUUCGAAUUGUUUGUUAAGUUGAGGAACCUGAGCUGGGAGGAAGUUUUGAGAAAAGGGACGAGAUAUUACAGCGAGGAGUUUAGUAGGUUCUGCGAUCAGAAAAUGAGCGGGAUCGUAGGGAGCCUCGGUUGGAAUAUUCCGUGGCCGGAAGAUCUACUCCGAUCGUUUUUUGUGGCGGGAAAGUGCGUGUGGUUGUUGCACUUGCUUGCGUUCUCGUUUUAUCCGAAUUUGGGGAUAUUGAGAGUCGAUGAAAAUCGGAGUUUCGACGGUUGUUAUAUGGAGGAUGUGUUUGGGGAGAAGCAAAGAAAGAGUGGGAAUAGUUGUAGGGUGAAGAUUAUGGUAAUGCCUGGGUUUUAUGUGCAUGAUCAAGUGAUUAAGUGUAAGGUUCUUUGUAGAUAUAAGUAAGUGUGUGGAAAAGUGUGUUAGUGUGUCUAAUAGAAAUGCAAACGGUCGCGUACGAUUGACGUGGGUCGACUGAAUGAGAGCCUACAUCUACCAAACGAUCAAAGAGUAAUAUAUUGGUCGAGGGUAUUGCGUAUUACAUCAACUCUCAGCAAUCAAAUCGAUUCGUAAUCAUUGGUUGCUUGAUUUGCUCCGUU